CUAUUUCACGGUGUAAUAAUUGAGAUGUAAUUUAUAUUGGUGUGUUUUGACAAGAGGGUGGAAAAGCGUGUGAGGUUAGUGUGUGAGGAGGGAGCCGGGACGGAGCAGGCGCCGGUCACACUCUCGCUACCAGCUCAUCUAUGUCAAAAUGAAGAAGAUUUUGAAAGCUGCCUGGUUUGCCACGAAGGUUGGCAUUGGUGGUGGUGUAGUUUAUGUGACAGUGGAUCAAGGUAUAUGGGGUGAUGGUCAUCGGGCUGCUGCUGUAUAUGACAGACUCUAUGACAUCAUGCCAGGAACCAAGAGUGUUUCUGAAAAGUACUUACACUUACCGAAGAAAGAUGAUGUUAAUGUAAACUUCCGAAGUUAUUGGAAUACUGGAGUCUUUUAUACGUUUGACUUUAUUGCCAACCUUCCAACAAAAGUUGUUGGUAUUAAGGAUUCCAUCGUAGAUUUUGCCUCCUCUCCACCAGUCUCUGCCAAACAAAGUGAAGAACAUCACAAAAGAGAUGGAGCAAAAUUAGAAGAGAGCCAUCCAAAGACAGAUUUACCAGAGGAGAUUGUAGCAUCUAGUAUUCCACAUGAAUCAGUGGACUUGCCACUUGCAGUAGUUAAAGUACACACAGAUGGAAAGUAAAUAUAAUUUUUGGUUCUGUUAACAAUACAAAUGGUUGAAAUGAAUUUAAUAAUUUAUGUGCUGUUUCACAAAUUUUGUAAAUAGUCCUUAAUAAAUAAUUUAACUCCU